CGGGAUCGUGACCUUUUUCCGCAGAUGAGCCGCACCUUCUCUGACCUUUUUCGUCUUGCAAUCCCGUUUUUCAAGAGCUGUUUGGAUCCUAAUUGGCGGAUUUUUUCUAACAUCCGGCAGGAACAGGUUUCUCGCCAUUCGAAUAUGCGGAAAAACGAGUAUAUGAGGGUCACCAUUCUGCCCAUGAUGGACGGCUUUUAGCAGCCUCCGGAGCACCGUUGUAGCAAGAUGCGUAUUCCUGAUAUCUUCACAUUGGGCUCAUUGCUUGUGUCUGCUGUUGCAGCGGCGCCGAGCGGCGGACGCCCCUUCUUCUACAAGGGCCAUGACCUGUCUUCCUUGAGGAUCCUUGAAGAUAGUGGGACAAUUUACAAGGACACGGCUCGUAACAAUGCUACGAGGCCUGUCGAGGACAUUCUCGGCGAUGGCGGCAUGAACACGGUGCGGUUGCGUCUCUGGGUAGAUCCCCUUGACGGCAGCUACAACCUCGCCUACACCCUCGACCUCGCAAAGCGGUUCCACGACAAAGGCUACCGCAUCUACCUGGAUUACCACUUCUCCGACACCUGGGCCGACCCGCAACAUAACAAUGCGCCCGCCGCAUGGCCCACGACCCUUGACGGUCUGACCAGUACUCUUCGCAGCUACGUAAACAGCACGCUGCUCGCCUUCACGGACGCGGGGAUCGACCUCAGCCUCGUGAGCCUCGGCAAUGAAAUCCGGCACGGCAUGCUCUGGCCCCUCGGCUACGUCGACGUCGACACCCAGUCCGCCGCCGCGCGCACAGCAAACUUCACGCAGCUGGCCGCGCUGUGGGCUGCUGCGCGCGGGGGCGUGGAUGACGCGGUCGCUGUCGGCGUAUCCAAGCCCGAAAUUAUGGUGCACAUCGACAACGGCUGGAACGCCACGCUGCAGGAGGCGUGGUUCGAUGCGCUGACGGGCUCGGGCAUAGCCUCGAGCAAGGACUGGGACGUCUUGGGCUUCUCGUUCUACCCGUUCUAUGGGACCGCGGCUACGUUUGACAAUCUGCAGAAGACGCUGGAUGCGGUUGCGGAGAAGUAUGGCAAGCCGGUGCAUGUGGUCGAGACGGAUUACCCGGUGCAGUGCGAUGGCGCGGACGCUCCUGCACUGAGUGAGCCGGAGGUUCCAGUGUCUGCAGAGGGACAGCUCGAGUGGGUGCGCGAGGUUAUUGAUGUGGUGAGGAAGGUGCCCAAGGGCUUGGGCCAGGGCGUCCACUAUUGGGAGCCCGCGUGGUUGAAUUCGACGAGCUUGGGGAGUUCGUGUCAAGAUGCGAUUUUGUUUGAUGCGGAUUGGAGCUUGUGGCCGAAGAGUACGGGGUAUUCGAGGAAGUCGGUGGAUAUGUUUAAGUAUUGAGUGAUUGGGGUGCUGUUUAGUUUGUUGUAAAAAUGUUUGAGGGUUUGACACGACC